AUGCAGAUGCUGUACAUUGAAGAGAUAUUUUCUCAAACAAUAACUGAUUUUCGUUGCAGCCUGAUAACAAAGUUCUACCAGCACAUCCUUGCCUUGGUGUUUGCCAUCCAUGAGAUCAACAAGAACCCCAGCAUCUUGCCCAAUGUCACUCUUGGGUUCCACAUCCAUGACUCCGUCAUGGAUCCAAAAUGGACAUACAGGACCACCCUGGACCUCCUCUUCACAUCACUUGAACUCGUCCCAAACUACAAAUGCGGCACCCAGAAAAAAGUGAUGGGUGUCGUUGGGGGAUAUAGUUCUGAUACCUCAUCAGACAUGGCCAUUCUCUUAAGUCGUUACAAGAUCCCACAGGGCUACAAAGAAGUGUUGACAAAAUUCUACCAGCACAUCCUGGCCUUGGUGUUUGCCAUCAAGGAGAUCAAUGAGAAUCCCAAUAUCUUGCCCAAUGUCACUCUUGGGUUCCAUAUCUAUGACAGCUACUAUGAUGCAACUAUGUCCUACCGUACCACUCUGGACAUGCUGUUCAAAUCACAGACAUUUUUGCCCAACUAUAAAUGUGGCAUCCAGAAAAAUCUGAUUGGAGUCAUUGGUGGAUUUAGCUCAGACACAUCUUUACGCAUGGCAGAUAUCUUAACACUUUACAAGAUUCCACAGGUGCCACCCAUUUCUUUAUGUAAUAAGAACUGUCAUCCUGGUUCCAGCAUUAAAAAAAAGGAGGGGGAGAUCUUUUGCUGCUACAAUUGUAGUAUGUGUCCAGAAGGGAUGAUUUCAGAACUGGAAGACAUGGAAAAAUGUGUCAGUUGCCCAGAAGAUCAAUUUCCAAACAAGAGCCAGGACCAAUGCAUUCCCAAAAAGACAAGUUUCCUCUCCUUUGCAGAAACAUUGGGUAUUGUGUUAACUUUCCUGGCUCUUUUCUUUUCUCUGAUGACAGUUCUGGUGCUCAGAAUCUUCAUUAAGCACCAGGACACUCCCAUCGUCAAAGCCAACAACCAGAGCCUCACAUACAUUCUUCUUGUCUCUCUCCUUCUUUGUUUCCUCUCCUCUCUGCUAUUCAUUGGACAACCUACAAAAAUCACUUGCUUCCUUCGACAAACAGCUUUUAGCAUUAUCUUUUCCAUUGCAGUUUCUUCUGUGCUGGCAAAAACCGUUACAGUUGUGAUGGCUUUCAUGGCCUCCAAGCCAGGAAACAUUUUCCGGAAAUGGGUGGGGAAAAGAUCAGCAUAUUAUAUUGUCAUUUCUUGUUCCCUUGUUCAAGUCUUUGUUUGUGCAGUUUGGUUGGGAACUUCUCCUCCAUUCCCAGAUUUAGACAUGCAUUCAAUGAAUGGAAAAAUUAUAGUGGAAUGUAAUGAAGGUUUUGUUGCUUUAUUUUACUGUGUCUUGUCCUAUAUGGGAUUAUUGGCCAUCAUCAGCUUCAUUGUGGCUUUCCUAGCCAGAAAGUUACCAGACAGUUUUAAUGAAGCCAAGUUUAUCACCUUCAGCAUGCUGGUCUUUUGCAGUGUUUGGCUUUCCUUUGUCCCCACCUACCUCAGCACCAAAGGGAAAUACAUGGUUGCUGUGGAGAUCUUCUCCAUCUUGGCCUCCAGUGCUGGAUUGCUGGGCUGCAUCUUUUUGCCCAAAUGCUACAUUAUCUUGAUGAGGCCCAAAAUGAACAAGAGAGAACAAUUAAUAAGAAGAAAGCAUUGA